AUGGCUGCUCAUAAGCGUAAACUGCAGGCAAUUCGUAAAACUCCGGCUCGUGAGUUUGGAGUUGCCACAACUACCCCUGGAUUCUCUGUGGAGAAUGUUGCAGCAAUCCGCAAAACUUCGGCCCCUGUAACCGAUUUUGCAACCACCACUCCCAAAUCUGCUUUAGAAAAUGUUGGAGCAAUUCGCAAAACUCCAGCUCCCGAAACCGAUUUUGCAACAACAACUCCGAAAACUGCUUUAGGAAGUAUCGGAACUAUUCGUAAAAGUUCUGUUCCUGAAUCCGCUGUUGCCACCACUACUCCUCGUUCUGCCGUGGGAAAUAUUGGCGUAUGCGCAUAA